CGCGGCGCUGCCACUCUGCCAACAAGCGUUACGCCCAUCUGCAGGAAGCAUGUCAGCCGAUAAAGUUCCCGACACCCCAGUGGAAAUCAUUGUGGAUCUGCUAUCUAAAGCCAAGAAGAUAGCUGCAGCACGAGGUGAUGUUGCUGAGGAGUUGACGAGUCACUUGCAGAAGGCUCUGGACAUCGCCAGCGGCCUGGAUGACUAUCUGGAGCAAAUGACCACCCAGGAGAGUGAACCUCUAGCAGAGCUUUAUAGAAAAACGGUUUCUCAUGACUGGGAUCAGGUGCACAAGGAGGGAAAAACUAUGUUCCGGCUUCCCAAAGAGUGCAUCACUGGACACGUUGAAGGUCAGACCCUGAAGAUGCUGAUCCACAUGAGUCAAGCCAAGAGGGUUCUAGAGAUUGGGAUGUUCACCGGCUACGGAGCUCUGUCCAUGGCUGAAGGGCUUCCUGAGGACGGCUCAUUAGUGGCCUGCGAGUUGGAGCCGUACCUCAAAGAGUUUGCUCAGCCCAUUUUUGACAAGUCUCCACAUGGCAAGAAGAUUACUGUCAAGACUGGAUCUGCCAUGGACACCCUGAAGGAGCUAGCUGCUGCAGGGGAGCAGUUUGACAUGGUCUUCAUCGAUGCUGACAAAGAUAAUUACAUCAAUUACUACAACUUCAUCCUGGACAACAAUUUGCUGAGAUUGCGAGGAGUCAUAUGUGUAGAUAACUCGCUGUUCAAAGCAAAGGUUUAUCUCAAAGACACCACAGAUGGCAACGGACUGGCGCUCCGAGAGUUCAACCAUUUUGUUUCUAAUGAUCCACGAGUGGAGCAGGUCAUUGUUCCUCUCAGAGACGGCAUCAGCAUCAUCCGCCGGGUGUCUGCGGCCUCCGAGUGCUCACGAACUCAGUGCAAAAUAACAGACGAUGAGGUUUUCCGCGGAGUCAAAGGGCGUUCCAUCCUGGAUCGGCUGCGUCUUGAUGGGAAGGUGGCGUACGUGACGGGUGCUGGGCAGGGCAUAGGCCGAGCGUUCGCUCACGCGCUGGGUGAGGCUGGCGCGAAGGUAGCGGUGGUGGACCUGGAUCAAGUUAAAGCUGAGGCAGUUGCUAAGGAGCUCUUUCUUAAAGGUAUCAAUGCCAUUUCGAUCAAAGCUGACAUUAGCAAAUCAGAGGACGUCCAGAGGAUGAUCGACAGCGUCGUCUCCAAAUGGGGAGCGCUGCACAUCGCCUGCAACAACGCUGGCGUCAACAUGAACUCAGCCAGCGAAGACACCAGUCUGGAGGAGUGGGACCAAACCUUCAACGUGAACCUGAGGGGGACUUUCAUGUGCUGUCAGGCAGCAGGUCGAGUGAUGUUGAAGCAAGGAUACGGCAAGAUUAUCAACACAGCCUCCAUGGCCAGUCUAAUAGUCCCCCAUCCCCAGAAGCAGCUUUCCUACAACACAUCCAAGGCUGGAGUGGUCAAACUGACUCAGACUUUGGGCACCGAAUGGAUUGACAGAGGAGUACGUGUCAACUGCAUCUCGCCGGGGAUUGUUGACACCCCUCUCAUCCACUCGGAGAGUCUGAGGCCUCUGGUGCAGCGCUGGCUGUCAGAUAUCCCUGCUGGUAGACUGGCUCAAGUGACAGACCUGCAAGCUGCAGUGGUCUACUUGGCAUCUGACGCCUCCGACUACAUGACAGGGCAUAACUUAGUCAUAGAGGGUGGGCAAAGUCUGUGGUAGAAGGGGGUAGAUGAAGAGAUGAAAACUUUUUUUUUCCUCUUCACUCUCCAGGGAUUAGUCUCAGAAAUAGGUGGCAUUCACAUUAUCUCCUUUUGACACAUUCACAGCCGUAUUAUAUGUUACUGUGUGUUUAAUUUUUUUGCCCGCCCAUAUCUUUUAUGGGGCAAUGAGACGAAUGGUAGAUUUUUUGUCUUCUGUGUGUCUAAUAGAGGUUCAGAGCGUCACACUGAACUUUUUAUUGGACGAGAAGCAGUACACAACGUUGUCACGAUAUCUGAUGCAUGUUUUUUUUUCUUACGGUA